AUGCGGCACUCUCAGCAGAAAUGGGAACCACCCAAGGAAGGAGUGAUAAGGAUAAAUACGGAUGCGGCACUCUCAGCUACGAUGAUCCGGACAAGAUUGGGGAUCAUUGCGCGAAAUUGGCAUAGAGAGAUUGUGAAAGCUAAAGGCAUCGUGGCGAGGAGGAGAGGAGAACCACCAAUAGAGGAAGCAUUGGCAAUAAGGAGCGCGUUGGAAAUGGCCACAAUUGCAGGGUGGACUACAAUAGAGGUCCAAUCUGAUUGCAAAUUUGUAGUGAGCCUAAUCAACUCAAGCAAUGUACAGGAUUGUAUGAUACAAACGGUCCUGGAAGACAUUGAAGACUUGAAGAAGAACUUUGAAUGCUGUUUGUUUUUGUUUAGUCCAAGGACUGCUAAUAGGUGUAGCCAUGCUUUGGCUCAAUUUGCAGUUAAGUCAGUUAGGAUAAUUGAAUGGGAGGGAACAUUCCCAUCUUGGUUAUCAGAAAUAGCUAGGAAGGAUAUGGGGGUGUCAGCUAAAUGA